AUGACCGUGAUAUGUAGAUCUGUCAAGCAUUCUUUGGAGACGCGAAGCACUGUUUACUCGAAUCUCAAGGGAGACAUUACAAUCAAAGAGAUUUUGGACAAUUAUCAACAUGACCCCGAACUGCUGAAGCUUGUCCUAUUGGCUAAAGCCGAGGAAGACAAGCAACAAGUGAUUGCACGUGUCACGAGUGAUCAUCAACAUCACCAGCCAGCGUCGCCGGCUGGAUAUUACCCACACUCUGCGCAUCCACUUUGCCCACCUUCUGUAUCUGAGCAACCACAGCCACAGCCACAACAACAACAACAACAGCAGCAGCAGCAGCAAUCCACAUCGCGGUCGUCGUAUUAUAACAAUCGAGAGCAGAAUAACCACGUCGGGAACAAAAGGCCGCACGACGCCAAGCUAUCUCAUGACCAAGUGAUGGAAGUGCUUAAAGCCAAACUUCAACGCGGCAGCAAUGCAGCAGAGAAAAACAAACGUGCCAGGACAUUGCCUAAUCCUUUGGGAAAUACCAACACAGCACCAACAACAACAACGUCUACUAAUACGACGACGACAGCAUCAACACCAUCCACUAACAAUAACACUACGACGACCACUUCUACAACGACACCAACCGCAAAACCUGCUUUACCACCUCCACCACAACACCAUCCGCAACCGCAUCCCCCCUUGUCAACACCCUCUCCGCGGUCAGCCAAACCAGUUUUGCCACCCAUCGACACAAGUGUGGGCCGGAUACCCUCUCGUGGUCCAUUGUCCUCCAAUGCAUCACACAAGCUACCCCCAUUCUCUGCCACCGCUGCCCUCGCUGAUGCACUGGUCAUCAAGGGCGAACGCCGUGUCAAGUCUCUUUCCCCGCCUCCUUUUGGCACGGCAACGACGACGACGACGACCACCGCCACCACCACCACCACCACUGCUGCUGCUGCUGUUAGUCAUCGCAAUUCAUGAUUCUCAUUUAAUAUUUUUGCUUGUUUGUUU